AUGGAUGGUAAGGGAGUCCAUUUAGCUUUUAAGUCACGCUGGCGCAAGACGGACGAGGAGCUCUGUCGACACAGCAUGUCUUUUAUCCUGCACAAGGCCAUACGAACAGAUUUCUUUCAGAGUUACCUCUACCUGCUGGAGCGGCUUCCCCUCGUGAAACUUUAUGCUUUAACGAGCGAAGUGAUCAAUGGCGAGAUGCAGUUCUAUGCCAGAGCCAAACAUUUCUAUCGGGAGGUGCCAGCGACAGAAGAGGGCAUGAUGGGAGAUUACAUUGAGCUGUCCAGUACGGACAUUGAAUCCUCCAGGGAAUUUCUUAGGAAGUUUAUUGGGGGCCCUGGGAAAGCUGGCACUGAGUGUGCCCUCGACUGUGGUUCUGGGAUUGGACGGGUCACUAAGCAUGUCCUCUUGCCAGUUUUCAAGAGUGUGGAACUGGUGGAUAUGAUGGAGAAUUUCCUGGCUGAGGCCCAGAACUAUUUACAGGGCAAGAAGGACAGAGUAAAGAUGUACUAUUGCUACAGCCUCCAGGAAUUCACUCCAGCCCCCCAAAAAUAUGAUGUCAUCUGGAUACAGUGGGUUUCAGGAUACCUGACGGAUAAAGAUCUCCUGGAGUUUCUUAUCCGGUGUCAAAAUGGCUUGAAGGAUAAUGGCAUUGUCAUUCUCAAGGACAAUGUGGCCCGGGAAGGCUGUAUCAUGGACCCAUUGGACAGCAGCGUGAUCCGAGAUCUGAGCAUCCUCCAGAGCCUCGUUGAGAAAAGUGGACUCACCAUCCUGCAGCAGGAGAGGCAGGAGGGCUUCCCUGAGCAGUGUGUCCCCGUCUGGAUGUUGGCCAUGCAAAAGGACCCUGGCCUACCCUGA